GUCUGUUAUAAAUAAAAUCCCCAUAUAUACGUGUGGAGCUCCCAGUAUUUGACCUAAUUAUCCGGAGGAAUCCCAUCCUAUAUCUCCUUCUUCUUCUUCUUCUUCUUAUUAAAUACUUCUUCUUCGUCUUCUUCUUAAAUAGUUCUUUCUUCUUAGCCCAAUAUCAGAUCAUGCUCGCUGAAUCCUCUCAAUUACUUACUAAGGGAUGAAGAGAAGUUCGACGUUUAAUCUCGAAUCCUCCAUGAAGAGGCAGAGGCAGAUGGAUGGGUUAGUGCCAGUGGAGCUGGUAUGGAAGAAGGAUGAGAUUGCCAUCCGACGUCCUACAACCACAAUACCAAAUUCCACCCAAAUGAACAACACACCCAACUACUUACUAGCUGCCACUUCCACUAAUCCUACUACAAAUCCUCCUCACAAAAAUUAUCUCCAUUUCGGCUUAUUCCCUGAUCAUCGUCAUCAUCAUGAACGGUUCGUGGUUUCCGCACAUCGCAACACCUUUAAAGACGACAAAUACGUUAACAAAUUUAAGAAACUAAGUCAGCUCAAAACGCCUCUUGGUCCAGUUCCUGGAGAUUCCCACAUUGUUCCAGACAACGACUAUGAUCAGCAACAUCCUGAUCAUUUUCAUAAAUAUUCACAAGUGUUAGGGCAUUAUCUUAGUACCACUGAUGAUCAUGAUCAUGUUGAGAAAAUUAUGCCCAGGACGACCAAGCUGCAGCAGGCCGUUGGACCGCCAGUUGUAAGAUCAUCAUAUCAUGAUCAUGAUCAUGUAAAUUCAAGGCAGGUCCCAUAUUAUUCACGUUGUAGAUCAUCUAAUCAUGUAAAUAUUGAUGAUGAUGGUGAUCGGAUUGGCGAAUAUAACAAUAAUUGUAAGAUCAAGAGAGGUACUAGUAGUAGUAGUAGUAGUAGUAAAGCCACAAGUAGGCGUGGCAGUAGUACUAGGAGGCGUGCAAGUGCAAGUGGAUUGCUCAACUUCGUGACGACCACCGAAUUCUCAACAUCACCCAAUCAUCAGCUUCUUGAUGGAAGGCCUGCUGUGGUUGCCACUACUAGCGCUAAUUAUACUACUAGUAUGAAUUCCCUACCUCUACCAAAACCAAUAACAAUUGGUACUAAUUAUUAUACUAGUGCUGGUGUCAAAUCUCCUCCUCCUCCUCCUCCUGAUGAUGAUCAUGACAACCAAACAGUACUACUGCUUGUGCCUACUAAUGAUGAUGGUGAUGAUGAUCAGCACUCUCAAGCCGCGGAUCCCUUGGCCUCUAUUAACUCUAAACAAAAGCAUUCUGCUGCAGAAUCACCAAAUGACAAGUGCGACGAAGCACUCGUUCCAUCAUUUUCGGUCUGCUCAAAUGAUCCAAUUAACACCAAUCACCAAGACGACUCAGAACCAUGUCCAUGUAAUAAAAGCGUUGGAGAAGAACCUCAAUUACGUCUUCCACCUUCCACUUCCAACAAAGCGCCACCUACUUCCAGAGCUGCCAAGAGAAAAGCCCCAGCUACUGCGCUCCAUAAUUUGUCCGAAAGGAGGCGAAGAGAUAAGAUCAACAAGAAGAUGCGCGCCUUACAAGCGCUCAUACCCAACUGCAACAAGGUAAAAAAAGCUUCAAUACUGGACGAGGCCAUCGCAUACAUGAGGACACUUCAGCUUCAGUUGCAGAUUCCAUAUAAUGGUGGUGCUACCUACUGUUGUGAAGCAGAUGAUGUCAAUGGGAACAGCCACGGGAGUAAUGCCUCCAAAUCCAAUCAUGUUAGCAGCCGGCAACGGAGCACCACCACAUCCACAUUUGAGAACCACAUUUGCUAUGCCGCCUUCCACAUUUCAAAUGCUUGCCUUCCCACCUACCGCUGCUGCUGCUGCUACUUUUGUUCCUAUCAACAUGGCGACUUCGCUACCACUCGUACCACCCUCCAUCCCCCUAUCCUUGUCCACUUCCAACAACUCAAACCCGACUCACCUUAAUCCUGAUCACCGCAACCCAUUCAAUCCUAAUUUUUUUGGCUAAAGGAAAAGGAAGAUCAUUCAUACCAUCAACUCUUAUCCCUCCUUGAGAAAUCUCGGGGCCACCUAUUAAGGGGGUGGGGGGAAACCUGAAAAAAACUCCACACAAAAGACGGACUAAAAGUUUUCAAUCCCGCUACUACAAGUCCAAUUUUGCAUAAUCCAUGCUCAGACCUCAAAGCGGGACUACAAAGCAUCAAAACCGAGGCGCAUUUUGUGUGGAGAAGAACAGAAGGCAAUCAAUACGGAUCCAUUCGAAAUUCUACUUUUCUUUUCAAGUCUUACAGAGUAGUUGCAGCACAGCAAUGUCCCGUGCUGCAGCCGUACUUGACAGGACAUCCACGACUUUGAGAUUUGAAAAAGCCUCGCUCAAUGACUCAGCAG